AUUUUAUUCUACAAAGGUUGUCACUGUGGUCAGUUCUCGUAAAACUUUUUAUUUUUUUGUGAACAAAAAACCAGAAUUAUUUGUCGAUAACGAUGGCAGAUGAUUUACAGAGUUACAAGCUUCAAUUGCAACAGGUUGAAGCAGCUCUCCUAACUGAUCCCGAAAAUUCCGAAUUACUCAAACUGAAAAAGGAUCUAGAUGAAGUGAUCGAACUGACCAGAGACCUGAUCAAAACUCAAUUGGAAGAACAAAAGAAGUCUUCGUAUGUAGAGCCUGCCACCUCGGCGUCGUAUUACGACGAAAUCGAAGCUGCUUUGUUGGCCGCUGAAAAAUUGGUGCAAACGACACGAAACUGGAAAAUUGGCGACAAAUGCCAAGCCAAAUGGACCGAAGACGGUGUAUAUUACGACGCUACGAUUGAAGGAAUCACCGAUGGCGGUGAAGUGAUGGUUGUUUUCGACGCUUAUCAGAAUCGUAGUACGACCACACUGAAAGAGCUGAAAGAUCGGGUCGCCCGGAACGAAGUAUUUCCAUCAACAAAACGCCAUCGUCCCAACAACAAAGAAUAUUUGAAAAAGAAGAAACAGAAGAAGCUGCAACGUUUCAAGGAAUUGGAGGAAGUGCGAGAACAGGACAAAAACAAAUGGCUGAAUUUCAAAACGAAAAGCGGCAAAAAGGCAGGAUCAAUUAAAAUCAAAAGUAUUUUUGCGUCGCCGGAAAAUGUCAACGGACGUGUUGGUAUCGGUACUUGUGGCGUCUCCGGCAAGCCGAUGACGGAGUAUUCGUAUGGCGAAAAGUAUCGGAAAGGCGUCUAAGUUCUCACUUUGUUGUCUCUAAACGUAAUUUAAAUAAAUUUCAAUAGGAAAUCGA